AUGUUUAAAAGGUGUUCGAUUUUGGUUGCCUUCGUCACGGCCGUGGCUGUAGCCGCCAACGUGAUACCAAGAGCAUUUGAGCAACGCGGUACUGCGAAUGUUACGUACGUUGGGAACAAUUUGUACAUUGGAAACAGGACCAAGGACGAUUGGCUUCACAAGACCGUGAACAUCUUCAAGUCUGCUGUUCCCUUUCGCGUGGUCAAUGAAACCUGGACAAUGACAACGUACUUCAACCUGACUUAUCUGGAAGCGAUUGACAAUGCGGUGAACAAGACACUGGGAGCUUAUCCAACUCUGGUUAGCGGUGGUCCAGGGCAGAGAAAUACCACGCUAUUGUUUAACAGUAAAACUGGUCAGCCUAUCAAUUUUACAUUGAACGCAUACGUCCGAUACUAA